CCGCCUUUCAAUUUACGUCGUACUUCUUCCCGCCGCAAUGUCGUUUAUUGACUUGCCACUUCGAUACGAAAGGUCAGCGGACAGUGAAGACCCUUCAACUUCUGGAGAGCGGCUUGAUGCGAAAUGUCUAUAAAAGGAGCAGCUUUCGAGCUCGACGGAAAUCCAUCAGCUCUUGCCUCAACAGCUCUUCUCUACAGCCUUCUCCUUCCAGCUCUCCUACCUUCUUCAACAAUGCAGUCCUUCGUCUUCGUCCUUGCCCUCGUGGCCAGCUCUAUGGCCUACGUCCUGCCUCGUCAGAGCGCGACUCUUACUUGCGGCACCGCCAACUUGCAAUGCUGCAAUACCCUCGCCCUGGCUUCCGAGCCACUGAUCGCCAACGCCCUCGGUUUGGAGAACCUCCAGAUCCCCGGCCCGGAUAUCACCGUCGGCUUGAACUGCACCACCCCUCCCGAUGACGGCACCCCAGUUACCGCCCAGUGCAUCGGCAUCCUUUCCUGCUGCACUAGCAUCAACAUCGGUGUCAAUUCCGAUAUCUCCGAAGACUGCACGAUGACCGGCAUCGGCACCAAGCGCGAUGUUGCUUACGAGAUGCUGUGAAGUGGACUUUUCCAAUGAUACUUGUUUUUCUCCGCAACGUACUUAGCUUAUGAUCGCAAUCUAUAAUUUGGUUUU